UAUCAAGAUCAAGAUUAUUGUUGUCAUCUGAGGAACGAUUGAUAGCUGCAGAAGAAACCAAUAGACGCUGAGAGUUGAAAUCUGACGUGAACGGGAAGAUGGAAGAUGUGGAUGAGUCUUACUUCGACUGGAGCGACGAGGACGACAUAAUCUGCAGCUCAAAGUACAUCAGUUCUGACGAGGAAGAUGAUGAUCUGUGUUCCGCUCUCGCAUACAAGCCACGCCAGAAAGGAGGAAGUGUGUUUAAAAGCAAGCACAAACAAGACGAGGAGGAUGACUUUGAGAAGGAAAUGGCCUCUGAGCUUUCACAAACCAUGCAGUACCUGACUUCUUCUCUUGGUGUGCCAGGAAGCAGUGGUGCCUCCAAGUCAACUGAUAACAGUGCCAAACAAACAUCAGAAUUUUAUGAUGAUAUCUACUUUGAUUCUGAUGAGUCAGAUCCUGAAGAAAGUACACCUGGUCAGCCUCCAAAAGUGAAAAAGCAGAAGCAGCCUCGUCGCCACAAAGUGUUGUCCAAUGAUGAGCUCUUCUAUGAUCCCACAAUGGAUGACCGUGAUCAGGAGUGGGUCAACCAGAAGAGAAGGUCCUACCAACCCAGGGGAAGAAGACCUGGCCGCACAUUGGAUGUGGAGAACAACAAUACAAUCCAACUCCCACCAAGUGAUGCUGUCCUUAACUGUCCUGCCUGCCUCACAACACUUUGUAUGGACUGUCAAAGGCACGAGAUCUAUCACAACCAGUACCGAGCAAUGUUUGUCUUCAACUGUGUUGUGAAUGUGAUGGAGCGGCUUAGCUACCCAAAGAAAGACCAGAAGAAGCAAAACUUCUUCAAAAACAAGAAGGCUCGAAGGAACAAAAAGCAAGAGGUGGAGUUGGAGAUGAAAGGUGAACAGAGGGAGACAGAAGCAGCAGCAGUAGCCAGCACAGUUGUAUCUGGUGUUGAAGCUGAAGAGAAUCCUGCCACCCAAUCCAUUAACCCUACAACAAGCAACUCUCACUCUCAUAGUGAUCCACCAACCCCAAGCACAAACAGCAGUGCUCUUAGUUUGGGAAAAGAUUUAUAUCACCCUGUCAUGUGCAAAAUCUGCAACACUAAAGUUGCUGUGUAUGAUUCAGAUGAAGUGUAUCACUUUUUCAAUGUUGUCACAAGCUAUUAAUACAUUGUCAGUCAUGGUAGAGUAAUUUCUACCAUCUCUAAUCCCCCAACA